AAAAGUUGUGCACUUGGAAAGUUUGUCGCCGCUAAUGCAUUCUCGGUUCUAUUGUAAUGAAUUAUAUCGACACGUCAGCUUCGACUGGUAGUUCGUAGCUUUUGUAAUUUGAUCGCUGCAGUUUAAGUAACUUUCCCUCUCCGCUCAAAUCUGGAGAAUUCGAGGCGAUGGAGCGCAGAUAGCAUGGAGUCAGAGUAGGCACGACGCUAGCUCCCCAGCCUUAGCUUCCAAGGUGAUGAUCUUGUCAACGGUCAGUUCCGCCUUAACUGACGACCAGCACCAGAGACGUAAUCAUCUGGUUGCUAUGGAUGGAAACGGUGAGACCAGUGACACAGACAGUGGGAUUAUCCUGCACUCGGGCUCCGACAGCCCGACAUCCCACACGAAGGACGUGGCCACACACACUAGAGCCAUGAAACUGAAACACCAAUCCCUCCAGGACCGACUGGAGAUCUGCAUCCUGGAACUGAAGAAGCUCUGCAUCCGAGAGGCCGAGUUGACUGGCCAACUAUCAGAAGAUUAUCCUCUGCUGCCUGGAGAGAAGCCUCCACAGAUCCGCAGACGCAUCGGUGCAGCGUUUAAACUGGACACGCUGAGCAUCCCAAGAGGCGGCGAGGAAUCAGAACUCAGUUUAAUAGAUGCUGAGUUGGCGCUCCAGACAAAGAUUUAUGAGGCAGCCCGAAAGCUCUGCCAGGAGGAGCACCUGAGCAAGGCUAUAAGGAGGAGUAGGCUCCAGCAGUGCAAGAGAGAGGAGAAGAAGCUCAAGCAGCUACAAGAGUCUGCUUUCCAUCUGCGGUUGGAGCACGGCAGAACCUCACCGCUCCCUGCUUUUAAUAUUGCGCAACAAGACCUGGGAACGUCAGAUGACAGCUCUCUCUCUGAUUCUGCAGUUCAAGAUGAAGAAGUGGCCAGCCAGUCAUCACAGCCAUCUUCUGGACUUCUGUUUCCUGCAGAGGCUGAGCAGAACCUCACGGUCUCCUCAGAGCCCAGCAGAGACCUCUCAUACCAGUCCCCGAUCGCGGUGGCUCAGAACCUGAGGCUCACACCGACGCAGUCGCCACAUCUCAACCUGGACUCUCCGCUGAGUUUCUCCUCAAGCCCAGUAUACGACGCUCCUCCCAUUGAGCACUCACCCUGGACAGAGUCAAGUCUGGACCAGCCAUUCCAGAAAAGCAGAAAGUCACGUUCAUCUAGCAAAACCAGUCAAUCCAAGACUGAAACACUGCCAUCGUUAGAGGAUUGUCUGGCAAAUGCUGCUCUUCCUCAACAACUUUCCCACCUAAGACUCUGCCGCACCCAGUCCAACAGCACGCCGUCCACACCUGAGAUGCGUGUUCACAGGCAGCUCUCCCUCAGGUUGUCAGGCCCUGACUCUUCAUUUGGGCAAGAGAGGGAGCGAGGCCGCAGCAGAAGUGCGAGGAGGCGUCUGACCAUAACUGUCCCUGAGACGACGCCGCAGAAUAUGAAAUACAGAAGCCACGCGAGCUCCGAAGAGAGCGGCUCAGAGCACUCCUUCGCCUCUUACAACAGCUCUCCAUGUCAGGAACUGCCCCACAACCUGCCUAAACAGUACCUAUCUCCACUCCCACAUUGUAGUCCAAUCAGCAACUACCGACCUCAAGUCUUCCCAGGCUCUGGAUAUUACAACAGUCCCAGAAAACAGCCCAGCAUGGGAACGCACAUGGCCUACUACAACGAUGAGGCCAUCUACGGCACAGAGGCGGAUGUCCACCCGAGUUAUUAUGCUGCCUGCCCUUUUAACAGAUAUGACUACCGGUUCAAUGAGGCUCCUGCCUCCCCGCAGAGGCUGCUACCAGAUGUUCGGCUCUCUCCGUCCACGGCACUUGAGCAUCCUCGCUGUCACUCCAGCGUUCUUCCUCGACAGAUUGUGAACGAACAUCUCAAAUCGUGGCACAGACGUAGUCAGUUCAAGUCCCCCAGGUCCCGGUCGCUCGACAGGCAGGGAGCAGUGCGUAUCAAAAACAUGGCCUUUCGAGACUACCAGGAUCAGGUCAUCCAAAGGAGGGCUCAAAUGGCUGGCGAUGAUUGUCAGAGGCACUGGGUUGGUGAUGAUGGCACCCACUAUGUGAGUCAGGUGUAACUCUGACCGACUCCGAAGUGUAUUCGUUGAGUGACAGGCUUGACACUGAGAAACAUUCCAUAACAGAAGGAAAAGCUACACUGUUCCAAUGCUGCCGAAAACAGUCAAGGCCUGGAUUCUUACUCAAGGACUGCAAGAGUUGCUGGUUGGCCUGUUGAUCAACCAGUGCCCAGUCAGGUGGCCUUGUAAGGAGUUGAAUCAAUGUAAAUCUACUCUAGUCCACAGUAUUGAAACAUGUGCUUCUUUGUGAAAUAACAAGUCAACUUGUUUUAUUGUGUUGCACAUCUGAACAUAACCACUACAUUAUAUUUAAGUCAACCACAUGCUCUGGUUUCUCCUCACCAUGAAUACUUGCUCAAGCACGAUUUUCACGAUUGUUUGCAGAUGAGGCAGCAUUGAAAUGAUAUGAUAAUCACAUCCCUUUACAAAAUGACUUGUAUGAAGGAAGUGAGUCACCAGUUUUGUAAUCAUGUAAAUUACCUAGAUAUCUUUUACUUUAGGGUCUGUAUGUGUAUGAGAUUCAUAAAAAAUAUUUAUCACUUUGUCUUUUUAAUCAUUGACUUUUUAUGUUUAGUUUUUAUACAUGAAAAUGUACAUGUCAGUCAACUUGAAAUACAAGACUAAACUAGUUAAAACUAGAUAUUGACUUACUUGCAUAAGAUUUUCAGUAGCAUGAGUAUUGAUGCCCGGCAGCUAAUGUUUCACUUCAGAUGUCCUGAAUUGUGUUGUGGAUGGUUGAAACCAAAUGGUGUGCUGUAUCCAACUGCAUUCAACACUGCCAAUGUUUUGUCCUCGAAUCAAAGUCCUUGUCGCUCCUGAAACCCUUUCAAAUGUACGUCCGUCAUUUUCUGCUGCUUAUUCCCUGCUGAGCUCGUGAAUAACGGUGUGUUCUACUCACGCUAUUGUGGACAGACAGACUGUACUUUAUUAAUCCAAAAAUCAAAAAUGACAGUCUAAAUAUUAUCUGGUAACUACAUUUAAAGUUGAAAUGGGACUGAUUCAAACAAACGGUGUUUAAAAUGGGUUCUUUGAUCUGAUUCUAAUGAAGUCAAGGCUUGAAAGACAUGGACUUUUUAAGUUUAUACAGCCCGCCUUCUGUUAUGUAUUAAGACCACAGUCAUGUUACAGUGUGUGAAUUUAUGCUGUUUUUAUUUAUAUAUUUUGUCAUUGACAGUGCUAUAUAUCUUAUUUUUAUAUAUUGCCCAACAAUCUAAAUUUUUUUCCUGUCUAAGUAAAUAAAGAGUCAUAUUUGCAUAACGUGUCUGUUCUUCACUUUUUAGAUUGUAUUUUUGUCUUAAUUUGAAAUAUGUGGUGUAUAUGUAUCAUUUAGAAUCUGUGUUAUAUGAGUGAAUAUGAGAAUUGAUCUGUGAAAUGUGAUGCAAAACAAACCUCAAAA